UGCGGCUGACUAGUAUAUCUUCUUACACAUUCAAAAGGAUGUAGAGCAUUGUAGCUUAUUUGCUAUUUGAUGUCCGGCUGGCAAUAAAAAUCGCGCCUCUUGACGUGCCCUGAAACCUCUAGGUCUUUCAGUCGGGAUGUUUCACUUGACCGCAGUUUGAACUUGUAAACUUAUGUUUUCAGUAAUUUUGUGAGAUUCUUACAGAUGCUGACUUCUAACCUACUUCAACGGUUAACAAGGGCUCCGAUUAAGAGUGUGCUGCAGAUGACGCUUAGCACUUCCACUUCGGAAGUUCUUGUGGAGAAAGAGGGAUCCAAACGAGUGGUAACAUUGAACCGACCAAAAGCACUGAAUGCUCUCAACGUCCCAAUGAUUCGCGAGAUCUAUCCACAAAUGAAGCAAUGGGAGAAGAACAAGGAUGUCAAUCUGAUCAUUCUGAAGGGAGCGGGUGAAAAGGCUUUCUGUGCUGGAGGAGAUGUUGUCGCUGUGGUAAAAUCAGCUAAAGCGGCCAAAGAAGGUUCGACUUCUACUGUCCAUAAAGACUUUUUCAGGGAGGAGUACUUCCUCAAUUAUCUCAUUGGCAGCCUUUCAAUGCCCUUCGUAGCUUUCAUAGAUGGGAUUGUAAUGGGAGGAGGUUGUGGUUUGUCCGUAAAUGGCAAAUUUCGCGUGUGCACCGAACGCACAAUGCUAGCCAUGCCCGAAACAGCACUGGGACUUUUUCCUGAUGUUGGAGGAUCGUACUUCCUCUCUAGGCUGAAGCAUAAUCUUGGCAAUUAUUUGGCGUUGACAGGCUACCGAUUACAAGGUGCUGACGCAUUACACGCUGGCUUAGCAACACACUAUGUGCCAUCUUCACAAUUAGGCGAACUGCAAAAGAAACUUGUCUCGUUGGAUGAUGUCACUGAGAAGACUGUAGAAGCUGCAAUCCGCGAGCUUCAGCCAUCUUCUGUUCCCAAGUUCUCUGUUGAGCAGCAACUGCCGGUCAUCGAAAAGACCUUUCAGGCGAGGACUGUCGAAGAGAUCCUAGAAAAUCUGAAGAAGGAAAAUUCUGAUUGGUCUAAGAAGCAAGUUGCUACGCUGUCAAAAAUGAGUCCGACUUCUAUGAAAGUUACCCUCAGACAGUUACAAAAUGGUGCUAAUAUGAAGUUCAAUGAGGUGUUCACUAUGGAAUAUCAGCUCACACAGCGCUGCCUCGAAGAUCAUGACUUCUAUGAGGGUUGCCGAGCCAUCCUUAUCGACAAAGACAGAAACCCCAAGUGGAAACCUGCUACAUUGGAAGAGGUCACUGAUGAGAAAGUUGCAUGGUACUUUUCACCACUGGGCGAGGGUCGCGACAUAGAUGUGACUCGCCCAGACGCGAAAUUUUGACUCCUGCUGUCUACUCGUUGUAAUCACAUAGGUAUCUAUUAACACUUCGUGCCAUCACAUCACCUCAUAACUUGAUUUUUGGCCUUUACUGGACCGUCAGGUGAAUUACCAAGUUGUGCUGGUGUUACUGUUCAUCAGUUUGUAUAUCUUGUCUCCAAUCUCGUUGAAACUAUGUUGAUAAAGUGGAAAUAUAUCUUCAUUGUUCUGACUUCAUAGACUAGUUAUCUUACCCGA